AUGUCAAACAAGAAGAAAGGGAUUGAAUCCACUGAAGAGCCAAAGGAGUUGGACGGAUACGGUCAUGGUGGUUACGGACAAGGACAUGGUGGUUAUGGACAUGGGGGAUAUGGCCAUGGAGGAUACAACCACGGUGGUGGUUAUGGACACGGUGGACAUGGUGGCCACUACCCACCAGAAGAAGAAGAGAUGGAUGUACAAGAGGAUGUAGAGCCAGAGGGUUAUGGUCGUGGUGGUUACGGCCAAGGUGGGUAUGGUCGUGGAGGAUACGGCCAAGGUGGGUACGGUGGUUCAAGGGGUGGGUAUGGUGGCUCUAGGGGUGUAUAUGGUCAAGGUGGGUAUGGUGGAUCUAGGGUUGGUUACGGCCAAGGUGGCUAUGGACAUGGUGGGUACGGGCACAGUGGAUAUGGCGGUCGUCACCCACCAAAAGAAGAAAUCAACAACUAA